CCCCCCUUCUCCAACUCCUUCCUAGAGCAAACCCUAGCCUCCACCAAUAGUUGUCGCCGUCUGUUGGAUGAGAGACUGCUGCCGCCGUCCAUCGCACUCAAGAACUUCCGUCUUCGUGCUCUUGGGCCUCUCGCCGGAUCCUCCCCGUCGGGUGCUCGCAUCUCGCCGUUCUCCUCUAUGCUCGGCUGCUCGCGCCUCCCUCCGCCAGUGAGUGCUCGAGCUGUGCGUGUUGGUUGCUGCUCGUCGUCCGUGGUUGUCUCUGCUCGAUUCUGCCUCCCAGUCUCACUCGAGUCUCGUCUCGUCUCAGUCACUGGCAUCUCGUGGUUCGUCUGUCUCGUCGCCAGCGGCAGAAGCAACUCGUGGGGUUGUCUCUUGCUUCGUCUCCUUCCGUGGGGUGGUCGCCGACUCGCCAUCGACCGUUGCUGCUGUGAGGAAGGAAAUUUCAGAUGAAACAGAUCGCAUAACCGGGAAGACGAAACAAAUUUCUAACAUUCCAAUUCAACUCAGCAUUUAUUUGCCACAUGUUGUAAACUUAACCCUUAUAGAUCUUCCUGGGUUGACAAAGGUUGCAGUAGGUAAACCUCAAAAUAAGCCCGCUUGCUCCUCCUUCACCAACCGAAUCUCCAUUCAGUUUCCUCUUCGUCUCUGUUCAAAGUUGGAAGCCUUUGCUCACUCUGCAACUUCAAGCGCAUACACUGCAAUUUCAAUGCUCACAAGAAGAAAAAUCCUCAAUUUAUUCUCAACCCAAUUCGCUUCUCACCAAUUCAAUGCAGUUUCGAAGUUAUCACGAGUUCCUUCGCACCCUUAUUCUGAAAUCCACAAAACCCUAAACCCCUUUAGGGUCUUUGUUUUGUGCGCAUGGAAUUCGACGCAAGCAUCGAAAUUUCCCGAAUACGAGAUGCCAUCGGUGACGUGGGGUGUGAUUCAAGGUCGCAAGGAGAAGCUGGUAUCGCGGGUCAUCGUAUUCGACUUCCUCAGGGGUUUGGGAAUCGUCCCUGACGAGUUGCAGGACCUUGAGCUACCUUCGACAGUUGAAGUCAUGAGGGAGCGCGUGGAGUUCCUCCAGAAACUAGGGCUAACAAUUGAUGACAUCAACGAUUACCCUUUGAUGUUGGGAUGCAGUGUGAGGAAGAACAUAAUUCCUGUUUUGGGGUACUUGGAAAAAAUUGGGAUUUCAAGAUCCAAACUUGGGGGAUUCAUUAAGAGCUACCCGCAGGUAUUGCAUGCUAGUGUGAUUGUUGAGCUUGUCCCUGUUGUGAAGUUCCUUAGGGGACUUGAUGUGGAGAGGGAGGAUAUUGGGUAUGUGUUGCAGAAGUACCCUGAACUUCUAGGGUUCAAGCUUGAGGGUACUAUGAGUACAUCAGUGGCUUAUCUUGUUAGUAUUGGGGUUAAUCCUAGGGAUAUUGGUCCCAUGGUGACUCAGUAUCCUUAUUUUUUGGGGAUGAGAGUUGGGACUGUGAUCAAGCCUUUUAUUGAUUACUUAGUCUCUUUGGGACUGCCAAAGAAGAUUUUGGCUAAGAUGUUGGAGAAGAGGAGCUAUUUGCUUGGAUAUGAUCUUGAAGAGACUAUCAAGCCAAAUGUGGAUUGUUUGAUUAGCUUUGGGAUAGGGAGGGAGUGUUUGCCUUCGGUUAUUGCACAGUAUCCUCAGAUUCUUGGAUUGCCCCUCAAAGCCAAGUUGUCUUCGCAGCAGUACUUCUUCAGUUUAAAGCUUAAGAUUGAUCCUGAAGGUUUUGCGCGAGUCGUGGAGAAGAUGCCGCAGGUGGUUAGUCUUCACCAAAACGUGAUCAUGAAGCCGGUCGAGUUCCUCCUCGGAAGGGCUAUAGCACUGCAUGAUGUGGCUAGCAUGGUGGUCAAGUGUCCGCAGUUAGUAGCACUGAGAGUGGAGCUCAUGAAGAACAGUUUUUACUUCUUUAAGAGUGAGAUGGGAAGACCACUGAAAGAGCUUGUAGAGUUCCCUGAAUACUUUACUUACAGUCUGGAGUCUAGGGUCAAACCAAGAUACCAAAGGCUAAAGAGCAAGGGGAUAAGGUGUUCAUUGAAUUGGAUGCUGAAUUGUAGUGACCAGAGAUUUGAAGAGAGGUUGCAGGGUAAUUAUAUUGAGACUGAAAGUAUAGGUCCGACAUUUUUAAUGGGUGGGAAAUUGAACCUGCCAGGUAAUGCAAUUCUUUCAGAUGAGGAAGAGGAGAGUGAUGAUGAAGUACUAUACCGAAGAACUGUUUCUUUAUAGAACAAUUUUUCCUUCUUUUUUUUCCCGGUUAUAUAAUUACAAGACAUAGUUGUCAUCUAUUUUGCUCUCAACUUCUAUGCAAAUUAUAAUAAUAAUGAAAUCAUAAAAUCUAUGACAAA